AAAGCAGAGUGGAGAAAUCAGUCACUGGGUGGGGAUUAGUCAGAGUGUGAGGCGUUAAAAUGAGGAAGUGAAAGUGAAAGUGAAAGUGGAGAGGUUGUUUUGUUCCUGUGCCGCUGAUCAGAACACACAAAGUCUGCAUUUAUACUUGAAGAAAAUACCUUUAAGAAAACACACCACAGACCCCUGAAAAUGAGUACCCCUGAUGAUGGUAAAGAGGAGAGAUCUCAGAAAGAAAGAUCUGACUCGCCUGCACCCAGCGCUGUCUCUAUGAAGAGUGACCGGUCAAUGGGUGAGCCAAUAGUGUUUCAACAGACAGAGAAAGAAAGUCUUAUUGAUCAAAAGAGCUCGGAGUCACCUGAAACCAGCUCUGUGUCUAUGAAGAGUGACCGCUCAAUGGGUGAGCCAAUUGUGUUUCAGAGAGAGAAAGAAAGAGACAAGCGCGGCAUAUCAAAUCCUUCCAUGGUGCUGGAUGCUGAUUCCCAGGUCCAGCAUCUGAGCCAAGAAUAUCUAGCGAGCUAUGAUGGAGUGAUGGAAGACAAGGAGCAUCAGAGCAGUACAAGAGAACUGGGUCCUGUGUUGAAAAGUUUCAAAUCCAAACUGCAGAAGAAAUUUCAGAUGAUUAAUGAGGGAAUCUCAAUACAUGGAAACUCAAAACUUCUAAAUGAGGUUUACACAGAACUGUGUAUCACAUCGGAAUAUGGGUAUGGACACGUUAAUGAGGUCAGACAUAUUGAACAGGCAUGCAGGAGUCUAAUAACAGAGGAGUCCAUCAACUGUAAUGACAUAUUUAAACCCUUACCUGGAGAUGAGAAACCCAUCAGAACUGUGCUAACAGAAGGCAUUGCUGGAAUUGGGAAAACAGUGUCUGUGCAGAGGUUUGUUCUGGACUGGGCUGAAGGAAAAGCAAAUCAGGAUUUGGACUUCAUUUUUCCCUUUAACUUUAGGGAGUUCAAUUUUAAAAAGAGAGAAAAUCUCAGUUUGUUGGAGCUUCUCCAUUGUUUUUUCCCAGAAACCAAAGAACUUAAAACAGACUAUCAUCGCUACAGAAUCAUGUUCAUCUUUGAUGGACUGGAUGAGUGUCGUUUUUCUCUUGAUUUCCUAAACAGCAAAAGGUUGGCUGAUCUAACAGAGUCAGCUUCAGUGGAUGUACUGUUAACAAAUCUUAUUAACAGGAAUCUGCUUCCGUCUGCAUUCCUCUGGAUAACAUCUCGGCCAGCAGCGUCCAGUCAGAUUCCUCCUGCUUAUAUUGACAGAGUAACAGAGAUCCGAGGGUUCAGUGACCCUCAGAAAGAUGAGUACUUCAGAAAAAGAAUCAGUGAUCAAACCCUAGCUAAUAAAAUCAUCACACACCUGAAGUCGUCGCGAAGUCUUUACAUUAUGUGCCACAUGCCAGUCUUCUGUUGGAUUGCAGCGACUGUUCUCGAGGGAAUGUUCAGUGAAGCAGAAACUGGAGAGGUCCCCAAGACCCUGACUCAAAUGUUCACACAUUUCCUGAUCUUGCAGAUCAAACAUCGAUCCCAAAAGUACAAAAAACAUGAAAUGGAUCCUGGACAGAUUGCAGAUGUUGUACUAAAACUGGGAAAGCUGGCAUUCCAGCAGCUGGAGAAAGGAAACCUGAUCUUUUACGAGGAGGACAUCAUAGAGUGUGGCAUUGAGGUCCGAGAGGCCACGGUGUACUCAGGAGUUUGCACUCAGAUCUUUAUCGAGGAAGUCACUUCACAUCUGGGGAAGGUGUACAGCUUUGUGCAUCUGAGUGUUCAGGAGCAUCUUGCUGCUGUGUAUGCAUUUCUCUCAUGUAUCAAUGGAAAUCUCUCAAAACAACAACCUGAAAUCUUCGGCCUCUCCAGCAAGGCAACACUGUUAGACCUUCUAAAGGCAGCAGUAGACAAGGCCUUACAGAGUAAGAAUGGACACCUGGACCUUUUCCUCCGCUUCCUUAUGGGUCUCUCACUGCAGUCCAAUUCACUUCUCUUACAAGACCUACUGACAGAGACAGGGCGCAGCUCUGUGAGCAAAAAUGCUGCUGACACAAACAAGGAAAUAACCAUGUACAUCAAGGAGAAGAUUAGAAAGAAUCCAUCAACCUGCAAAUCCAUCAAUCUGUUCCAUUGUCUGAAUGAGCUGAAUGACCAGUCUCUGGUACAGGAAGUUCAAACCUUUUUGAGUAAAACAGAAAAUCAUUGCCUCCAUAGAGUCACACUUUCUCCAGUUCAGUGGUCAGCUGUGGUUUUCUUGUUGCUGAACUCAGAAAAGGACCUUGAAGAGUUUAACCUACAGAAAUAUUCAGCAUCAGAGUAUUGUUUGAUAAACAUGUGUCCAGUUAUCAAAGCAUCCAGAAAAGCUCUGCUGUGUGGUAGUAAUCUUACAAAGAAUAUUUGUAAAAGUCUGGGAAAAUGUCUCAGCUCAGUCUCUUCAUGUCUGAGAGAGCUGGACCUGAGUGAUAAUAAACUACAGGAUUCGGGAGUCAAACUGCUUUCUGCUGGGUUGGAGAGUCCACACUGUAAACUGGAGAUCUUAAGACUUGGUGACUGUGAUCUCACAGAGAAAAGCUGUGCAGUUCUUGCUUCAGUUCUUACCUCUAAGUCGACACAUCUGACAGAGCUGCGUCUCAGCCGCAAUAAACUGCAGGAUUCAGGAGUGAAGCGGCUCUCUGAGGCCCUGCAGAGCCCACGCUGUAAACUACAGACACUGAGGCUGAAUACCUGCAGCAUUACGGAGGAAGGCUUUACUGCUUUGAUUUCAGCUCUGAGGUCGAACCCUUCUCACCUGAGAGCGCUGGAUGUGGGGAGAAAUAAAGCAGGACAGACGGGAGUCAACCUGCUCUCUGAUCUCUUACAGGAACAGAGCUGUAAACUGGAGAAAUUAAAAUUGUUUGACUGUGGCAUUACACAGGAAGGUGGCACUCAUCUGAUUUCAGCUCUGAUCUCAAACCCCUCUCACCUCAGAGAACUGGAUCUGGGCUGGAAUAAAAUAGGAGACCCGGGAAUAAAAUUAAUCUCUGAUUUCCUAAAGAAUAAACUCUGUAAACUGGAGAUAUUAAAGUUGCAUGACUGUAACAUUACAGAAGAAGGCUGUGUUGCUCUUACUGAAGCUCUGAGGUUAAAUUCACACCUGAGAGAGCUCGAUCUGAGCGCUAAUAAUGUAGGAGAAGAGGGAGUGAAGCUGCUCUCUGAUAUACAGGAGGAUGAAAAGUGCACACUGGAGAAGUUGGACUUGUCACGUUGCUGAGAAACAGCAAGGAAGCGUAAACGUCUCUGUCCUGAAGAUGUCAGAAAACGUAAAGUUACAGCUUUACCUCUGUAAAUAUAUGUAUUCUUUUUAUUCAUAUGGAAACAUGAUAUGAUGAAUCAUCAUGAGUGUAUAGCUACCAUAUUCGUGUGUGUGUGUGUGUGUGUGUGUGAGACAUACACUGUAUUCUGUAAGUGUGUGCAUGUGUGUCUUGACUCAUAGGCCUGUACUACAAUCUUAGCAUCAAUUCCUAUUUCCACAUGUAUUUUUUUUUUUUAAAGAUGGAGUCAAACUCACACUAUUUUGAUUCAAAAUCUGCAGCAUCUGUUUUAAAAAAAGAAAACAAACAUUAUAUAUAUAUACAUAAAGGAUCACACAGCAAAGAAGAGCUGAAAAACAAUGCAAGUUUUGUGUUUCACUGUAGGAAUAAUGUACAGACGUUAACAUGGACAUAAAGUUGUUUUGUAAUAUACUGGGAAAAUAGAAACAUCACAUGAUUAAUUAUAAAGCAAGUGAAUUGUCAGUAAAAGCAUUUCUGAAGCAUUUAACUCGUCUGUAUUCAGCAGUAUGAGCAGCUUUUUUAUGGAAGAACUUCAAUUUAACUAGGUUUUAAAUCCACAUUUCUAUCCAUCACUGACUGUUGAUGCUUUUCUUAUUAUUUGUAUUGAGUUGCUAUGGUUUCCAUCACCUACACUGUGUGUUUAUUGGGAGUCUGUCUGUAGAAGGCAGAAAGUUCUGGAUGUGAAAAGGGAAAAUUUUAUUUAAGUUUACUUUUAGCAUUUUAUUGUUUGCACUUUAGAUGUACUUUGAACAGCAUUACUCUGAAUGAAACUAUAUUAAUCUGAAUUUGAUUACACCUGCGAAAGAAAUGACACAACGUCUCAUCAAAUCAUUUCUGUGCACACAGUCAGACAUGCCUCCUUGCCAACCAAUCAGCAUUUGCCAGGCAUAGCAUCAAAGACACGCUAAACACGUAGUUAGCUUGUGGAUGUUAGUUAGAAACAGAAAGUCUCUGCGUCUCUGCAUGCCAUAUUUACCCAUGAUCCCCCUCUCUGUCUGCCUUGAAGGGGAGUAUUCACAUCUCAGCUCCAGGGCAUCACUUUACAGUCUGACAGAUUAGCUUUGUGACGAAAACCAUUUAUACUCACUGUGGUUGUAAUUUAUUUCUAAACUUUCUUUCAUGAUUUUUGUAUAACAGUUCUGAUAAACGAGUCGUUUUUGACUCAGCCAUUGUUGUUGUAGUGGAAGUAAAGUUACCCUGUGAAGAACACCUCUGUCAGGAAAUAUGAAAAGAUCCCAAUAUUUCUGUUUUACACUCUUCAGCAAAUGUAUAAUGUCUUUCCUAACUCUGAUCUGUGACAUGAUGUUUUCAGUGCUAGUAAAUAACAAUAAAAUAUGUAAGAAUGUUCUUUAUAAAGCAAACAUAAAUUAAAGGAUUUCAUCUUACUAUAAGUUUGAUAUUA